AUUGUGAAGGCAGGAAGUAUAUAUGAUACAAAGAUUAAAGUACGGAUGAUUCAUAAAUAAAACUUAUUAACAUAAAACUUUAUUAUAUAAAGUAUAUAAUCUAUGUCCACAGACUCAUAUAACAGUUUAAUUCCAAUGGCACAUAAAACAUAUAAAAUCAUGUAUGACAGACAGCACUUUGGAUAGAUUAAAGAUGGCGGCGCAAGUUUCACAUCUGCUUCAAACCUAUAUCGCACGACUUGAGGAACACGCAAAACCUGUAGCAAAUGAUAAACGAUAUAUGAGUUAUGUUAAGUACAUCAAUGCAUUUCUCAGCUGUUUUUGUAAAGAAAGAGUUUAUUUGGUCGGAAGUACCGGGGAAGGGCUUAAGUUAAAACGCUCACAAAAUUAUGGAGAUGCGGAUUUCAUCAUGUGUUCCGGAAGGUUAGAAAUCCCUAUAGAAAACAUCGAGGAGCGGCCAGAUUUGCGAUGUUACGUGAAGAUACGAGCAGACAAUCUCAGGCGAGACAUUUGCGGGGAGUUGAUUGAUGGUUAUCUCUCAGCAGAUAUGCUGAGGGAACUACGACCAGAACUUUUCACUUUUCUGAGAGCAAUAUUUUCAGAGGUAACCACAAAUCUGGACACAAUGCCUGGAACAAUAAGUAGAGUAACGACAAUUGGCCUACCAAUGAAGGUAGGGCUUGGAGCCAUAGAAUUUCGAAAUUUGGAAAUUGACGGUGACAUUUUAAAUAAAAAGUGGUCAAAUAAGCGCCUUAAAGUGGAUAGGGAUAUGAGAGUCGUUUCGAAACUGAAGGAACGAUGGCGUAACGUUCAAUUAAAUGCACAGGAUAUGAAAAUAACCCAUAGAAUAUUAAAAGUAAUAAAGUUAGGAAAGGUGCCUGGAAGCAAAGGAGAAAACUUCGGAAAUAUAAAUAAAUUUGCAGACGAUCUAGAUUCGGUAAUGAAGAGAAUACCUCUGGAGCAGGAACAAGGACCUGACAAUAUAAAUGUACCAUCUGGUGAUCACAGUAAAGAAAUUUAUGAAGACGUAUCUACUAUGGAUGAGAAGAUCAAAGCUACAUAUACAGCCAUGGCAACGAGAGAUUUUGUUCCAGCUCUAAGAAUCAUAGGCGACAGAAAAUUGGCUUGUCUUGUUGAAUGGAGAAAGAGAGUAGAAAAGGCAAAUUGGCCUCCUGGAGAUGUUGCACAGAAAAUCUUCAAUACUGAUGUCUACUUAGUUGCCAGAGAUGCACCUUUGAAAGCAGACCAUAGCAGAGAUUUUUGCUAUUCCUUCAAUUUAGCAGAAUUAAAACUUGCGGAGUGUUUGUCCACAACGCAACGUCAAGUCUACUUGAUUCUGAAGUCGUAUUUGAGUGGACGAUUGCAGAAACUGCAUACAGGCUUGGGCAAGAGUGAAAUGAAAUUCAAAACAUACUAUCUGAAGACUUCAUUCUUUUGGGUUUGUGAACGGGAGGAUCCGUUCUUAUGGGGGAAACAAAAUGUCAUAACAGCAGUGAAGAAGGUACUGCAGUUUAUAAUGCAGUGUCUUCAGCAAAAACGACUGCCUCAUUAUUUUGUGAACAGCAAUUUGUUUGUAGAGCUAGAUGAUUUUGAAUGUGAUGUUCUACAGGACUGUAUUCGACAAAUACUUUGCGAGCCAAUAGAUAGCAUUGGUGACUUUGAAUUUAUCAAGGACAAUCAUGGUAGUAUGAGGGUAGAGAUUUUGUUGGACGUAGAUCAAGUACAGUGUCUAUCUGAACUAAAGGAGGACGGUGGACGGAUUAAACAUUUGGACAAUCUUGAAGAUGCAUUGAUCGAUAUACAUAGAGGUUUCAAUGAAAGUCCACGAGAUGUAAACGGAAAUGUUCCGAUAAAAGAAGCAGUCGAUAAACUUUUUGAAGUAUUCAUUGAAGAAGAUAGACAAAAACAAAUAUCCGACGGAAUAUCAAACAUUUCUAUUAGAGGUGCGGAAGAUGGAAAUUCGACACAGGCAAUAGCAGGUGCACAUGUGCCUCAAACUGCCGCAGUUGCUGGUUUACUUAACAAUUUUAUCACUGGAGGCAGAACUCUGCCGAUGAACAGUCGUGAGUCAAAUCAAAGAAUGGACCUUUUACUUAGUAUUGGUUCGAUGUUUCGAGGUGGUCCAGAAAUCAUAGCCUCCCUUGGUGGACAAGAUGGCGUAAGAAGUGUUCUUCAACAAACAGCGGAUCGAAGUGUUGACCCUGUUCUUGAGUUAAAAAUUGUUGUAGGUAAAUAUUUGUCAUGCAGUGAUGAAGAAGAAGAAACACUUGCGCAAGAAAUCUUACACAAGGCAACUGCUUACUUCCUUGCAAGACAAGAAUAAGCGCAAUGUGAAUCAAAGCAGAAUUAAUGAGAGAAAUUUAUUGAUAUAAAUAGACUUGUCAUUUAACUGUUUAAGUUUCUGGACAUAAAGCGUUUUGCUGUCAGAUGAUUUGUGUACAUCAUAAAUGUUACCAUGUU